UGGCCUGAGAUGAGUGUCCGGCCUGAGCAGGCACACCAUGAAUAGAUACACAACCAUCAAGCAACUCGGGGAUGGAACCUAUGGUUCCGUCCUGCUGGGAAGAAGCAUUGAGUCUGGGGAACUGAUUGCUAUUAAAAAAAUGAAAAGAAAGUUUUAUUCCUGGGAGGAAUGCAUGAACCUUCGGGAGGUCAAGUCUUUAAAGAAGCUCAACCACGCCAAUGUUGUCAAAUUAAAAGAAGUUAUCAGGGAAAACGAUCAUCUUUAUUUCAUCUUUGAGUACAUGAAGGAAAAUCUUUACCAGCUCAUUAAAGAAAGAAAUAAGUUGUUUCCUGAGUCCGCUAUAAGAAAUAUCAUGUAUCAGAUAUUACAAGGACUUGCAUUUAUUCACAAACACGGCUUCUUCCAUCGGGACUUAAAGCCGGAGAACCUCCUCUGUAUGGGACCUGAGCUUGUGAAAAUCGCAGACUUUGGAUUGGCCCGAGAAAUCCGCUCAAGACCUCCAUACACAGACUAUGUGUCUACCAGAUGGUACAGGGCCCCGGAGGUGCUCCUGAGGUCCACCAACUACAGCUCCCCCAUCGACAUCUGGGCGGUGGGCUGCAUCAUGGCAGAGGUGUACACCCUCCGGCCGCUCUUCCCCGGGGCCAGUGAGAUCGACACGAUCUUCAAAAUCUGCCAAGUGCUGGGGACUCCGAAAAAGACGGACUGGCCUGAAGGCUACCAACUUUCAACUGCUAUGAACUUCCGCUGGCCCCAGUGUGUCCCCAAUAACUUGAAGACCCUGAUUCCAAAUGCCAGCAGUGAAGCAGUUCAGCUCCUGAGAGACAUGCUUCAGUGGGAUCCCAAGAAACGGCCGACAGCUAGUCAGGCACUUCGAUAUCCUUACUUCCAGAUUGGGCACCCCCUGGGCAGCACCACACAGAGCCUUCAGGAUUCAGGAAAACCACAGAAGGACAUCCUGGAAAAGGCAGGCCCACCGCCCCACAUAAAGCCGGUCCCUCCCGCCCAGCCCCCAACCAAGCCACACGCACGGAUUUCGUCGAGACAGCAUCAAGCCAGCCAGCCCCCUCAGCAUCUCCUGUACUCCUACAAAGCCGAGGCUGCCAGGACAGACCACCCUCCGGAGGACAAGCCCAGCCCUCUGCACUUGCCACCCCUCCACACCAAGCAUCCUCAGGCAAAAAUUCUCACCAGCCUGGAGCACAAAAAUGGUGAGAUAAAGCCAAAGAGUAGGAGGAGGUGGGGUCUCGUUUCCAGGUCGACAAAGGAUUCCGAUGACUGGGCUGACUUGGAUGACUCGGAUUUCAGCCCCUCGUUCACCAGGAUUGACCUGAAAAACAAGAAGAGACAGAGCGAGGAGGCUCUCUGCAGAUUUGAGAGCGUUCUGGACCUGAAGCCCUCCGAGUCCGGGGGCGCCGGGAGUAGCGCCCCCACCCAGACGUCCUAUCCCAGGCGCGACACGCCCACCCUGCGGUCUGCGGCCAAGCAGCACUACCUAAGGCACUCCCGGUACCUGCCCGGAAUAAAUAUAAGAAAUGGCAUACUCCCAAAUCCAGGCAAGGAUUUUAUUCCAUCGAAUCCAUGGUCCAGUUCUGGUUUGUCUGGAAAAUCUUCAGGGACAGUAUCAGUGAUCAGCAAAAUAAAUUCAGUUGGUUCCUGCUCAACGAGUUCUAGUGGAUUGGCUGGAAACUAUAUCCCUUCCUUUCUGAAAAAAGAAAUCGGUUCUGCGAUGCAGAGGGUCCACUUGGCCCCUAUUCCCGACCCUUCCCCUGGUUAUUCUUCCCUGAAGGCUGUGAGACCUCAUGCCGGGCGACCUUUUUUCCACACCCAGCCCAGAAGCACUCCCGGAUUGCUGCCCCGGCCUCCCGCCGCCCAGCCCGUGCACGGCCGGACGGACUGGGCUUCUAAGUACCCAUCUCGGCGAUGACCCUCACCCAGACCUUCGUGGGGGACCACGGGACACCAGCCCUCAGCCAGCUGGUGGUGUUUCACCUUCAGACUUUCAGGUGGUGGAAAAGCCGAGUAUAGUUGUUCUUCUUGAACUGAGACAUUUCAAUAUUCUUUUUUAAAGUUGUUUUUUUUUUAAUAUUGAUUUGAAUGCAAUAGCUUUUUUUGUACAAAGUUAUUUUAUUCUAAAACUGGGUCCCCUUAUUUUCUUAAACGGCAGGAUUUUGUAUAUAUGGAUUAUGUUUUAGCAUUUUAUACAGUCAACUUUGUAAUGAACUUUUUAAAGAUUAAUUGAUUUUCCUUUGGGGUUCCAGGUAAUAUUUUAUACAGAUUUUUAAAAACGUAAUAAUAUUGAUGCAGUAUUGCAACAGGGGUGCAAUUUAAGGCUACACGAUAAAGGGUUAUUUCCUCGAUGUGUGCAGAUAUCUGUGAAAUUUCCGAUGUGGCGUAUUCGGUACUUCUUGGACUGACCUCAGCACUAGAAAAGUGACCGUCUGCUGUUCUCAAUUUCAUGUUAUUGGUUCGACUUUUUGAUACCACUGGGCUGUUCUCAAAGUACUAUUCUAUGAUUCACUUUGUUUUCUUUUUACUCCCCAGAUGAAAGAACCCUAAGUAAACAUUUUUUCCGAUUUUCGUAACACCCUUUUUGAUGGUUAGUAAAAUCCAGCUGAAACCAAGCUAUGCUGUCACAUUCUAUUUUCCUCUGUUUCUGAAGUUCAAGGGUAUAAGUACCCACAAAAGGGAAGCUUUUCAAGCCAAAAUGUUCUCAACAUAAAGGUUAAUGCAGUCACUUUAAUGUAUAUCCCUGCAAAUGUGCAUGAUCUGAAAGCAGCUAAGUUUCAAAGCAGCAGCAGAUUUUAUGAGAUCAGAACCCAUAGAAUUUUGCACAUAGCUCAGUUCUCCAGUCCUCUAGUCAAAUUUUUAUGGCAAUUCGGGGGAGCAGGAAAGAUGGAUGGCAGAGGUGACACUGGUCUGGGAAGUCACGGUUACCAUGAUGUCGCUGUCUGUCACAUGCCACAUUCGAAUUCUUAACCCUGGUGUAGUUUCUUUCGACAGUGAGAAUUCCAUUUGUCGGGCAGAGGCGGUUCCACAGAGUGGAAUGUUUACAGCAAUUUAGAAAAUGACAAAGCUGGUUUGGAGACAGAAAAAGACAAAAGGUCCACUCUCCUCCGUCUCUGUGGGGCACCCUCGCCUCCACUCACGGUUUCCUGAAAGGCUAGAAGGAAGGUCACAGCCAGUAAGUGCAAUGUGGUCUCCAGAUCGUAUUGACUCACCUUUUCCCAGGGCUCCAGCCACUCUCGUUUGGUUCCAGGUUCCAGGAGUUGAGCCAAUGACAUUGUCAUUUUGAUAGGUUAACAUGCAUAUUGGUACUUUGAGAUGGUUCAAACUAAUAAGUUGGUAAACUUUUGCAUUGCUGUAUUAAUAACACGUUGCAGCUUGAACAAAUCACCACGGUUCCCAAAGGGCCCUAACCUAAAGUCAGUGAGUGAUGUGUGCUGUGGAGAGUCUGGCUCCAGAAUGUACUUGACCAAGUACCAUGAUCCCUGAGGGCAUGAGAAAAGCACAUGAUGGGUGUGGAUCUGAGAUGGAAUAUUUUCCUGUUACCAAACUGGUGGCAAAGCUUCAGGAAAUAAAUAUGUACAUGUAAGCACAACUUGAAGCUGAAUUUAUUUCUGUAUUAUCUUCUUAACUCAUUAUCUAAAGCAACAGAAAAUGUGUUUUCAGAGAUGAGUCCUUUACUGUGAGGUUAAUAUUUAUUUCCCCUUUCUGUGUUGUGUAUAAAAAGUAAGUUAAUCUGAAACCUUACCCGGCUUGCUGGAAAGCUGGUUUUAAAUUGUAAAUAAGCCCCAGAGAAGCAGCUGGGUUGUGAAUACCGUAUUCUUGGCCCUAGUUUAUGUUAAGUCCUUUUUUUUUUUUUCAAUUGAAAAACCUAGUUACCUGGCUAUUACACAUUAUAAACUUGUUUUGCUAAUAUUUUUUGUUGGAUCCAGAUUCAGAAAAUACUUCACUUUUCUUCCUUUUCCUCUUUCCUUUGUUUAUCAGCAAAUAGCUUCCCUUGAGAAGCCAAACACAUUCAGUCAUUUGAAAGUCAAGUAGCUGACCUGCCAUUGAGAAAACAAGAAGGCUGAAAAAAUAAUGUCUGUUCCGAAGAGCUAGCAAAAUCUGUCCUCUUUUUUUUUUUCCCCCUCUGAAAUGGGUAAAGGAUAAAUUGUGUCUACAAGCUGUUUACUGUAGAAGGGAACAGUCCCUUUUUGUUAAGUGGAAAAUGAAAUGGCACCUGGUACGUAUAUUUUCAGUUACUAUAGAAUUAUAAAAUGUAUCGCAGGGCACCAAGAGGAAUGAUGAGUUUAACUGCACCUGUCCCCCGCUGUACCUCAUUUCUCACCAGAAGGCUUUCUGGAAAAGGUUCAGUGUCAAUGAGUAUGAGCCAAGGAGUAUGUGUGCGGGCUGCAGGGCAAGUUGCCUGAGCGUAAAAGAUACUCUAGGUAGCGCUGUUCAUUUUACAAUAAACUGCCAUUAAUUACUAAGUGCUCCCCCAGCUCAUGUACGAUUUUAGCAGGAAGAAAACUGAUUUUCAAGCAAUUUUUUUAGACAUAUCUCUUGUCUGAAGGACUAUCUAUGUACAAUAAAUGACGCUAUGUCAUCUUCCGGAGUUAUCAAAAAUCGAUACAUUUACUGGUACUGUUAAAGUUCACGGGCACCGUGUUUUCUCAUGAAGUGACAUCAAGCCAUUGUUUUGUGCCAUUUAAGAGAGAACAAGACCCAGGCUGCACAUUUCAGCUCAGUGUGUGACCCAAAGCAAUAUGUUUAUACGAAAAUGUCUGACAUACUAAUUUUUUUGUAUCAUUUAAAGCAUACUGUAGCAACUUGUUUGUUUAAUAUAUGUGGUUAAUUUUUAGAAUUACAUUUACAAUUUCCAACCAAAGUACUGUACUUUGUAUAAUUUAUUGUGAGGACCUUCUCAUGGGAACCAACAGAAGACAAACUGGGGGCAAAUAUCCCAUGAAUCUGUAUUAUCAGUUUCUCAUAGACACUGUGCUAAUGUGAGUUUAAAACAACCUGAACAGUCUUCUGAUCACUGAUAUUUCAGAUCUGACAGCAAUUUAGUCACCUGAUUUGAUUAUAAAGGACUAGCUAAGAAUAUAUUUAUUUAUAAAGCAAAUACUCAUAUUGAAAAGAUAGGAGGAUGGGAAACCACAUACUCAAGACCCUUCUGAAAUAAAACGCUCUUUUUUUGAACAGUUUGUCCCACGGUGUUUAAAAGCGUUAACUUUACUUAAGGAAAAUUCUGCUUCAAAUAAAGUUACAGUUUAAGAAAAA